AAUGGCGACUACAGACCAGGACGACCAGCUGGUGACCCCGUGGGAGGUCACGGCAGCCUCGCAGAAGGGUGUUGACUACGACAAGCUAAUCAAAAAGUUUGGCAGCGUGAAGAUAGAAGAUUCCCUAAUCGAGAGGAUCGCCCGAGUUACAGGGAAGCCGGCACACCACCUGCUGCGGAGGGGCAUCAUCUUUUCCCACAGGGAUGUUGGUAUGAUUCUGGACGCCUAUGAGAAGGGGAAACCGUUCUUCCUGUACACCGGACGUGGCCCUUCUUCUGAAGCCAUGCACCUCGGCCACCUUAUCCCCUUCGUCUUUACCAGGUACCUACAGGACGUGUUUGACGUGCCUUUGGUGAUCCAGAUGACUGACGAUGAGAAGUUCCUGUGGAAGGACAUGAGUGUGGAGGAGGCGAGGCGUCUCGCCAGCGAGAACGCCAAGGACAUCAUCGCCUUCGGCUUCGACAAGGAGAAGACGUUCAUCUUCUCGGACAUGGACUACAUUGGGUCAACUCCUGACUUCUACAAGACCAUCCUGCGUGUGGAGAAAUGCGUCACUGUCAAUCAGGUCAAGGGCAUAUUUGGAUUCAAUGACAGCGACUGCAUCGGAAAGAUCAGCUUCCCUGCAAUCCAGGCUGCCCCGUCCUUCAGCUGCAGCUUCCCGCAGAUCUUCGGUGGGAAGAAGGAUAUCGCCUGUCUCAUUCCGUGCGCUAUAGACCAGGACCCGUAUUUCCGGAUGACCCGUGACGCGGCGCCCCGCCUGGGUUACCCCAAGCCGGCCCUGCUCCACUCCACGUUCCUCCCGGCCCUGCAGGGCGCCAUGACCAAGAUGAGCGCCAGCGAAGCCUCAACGUCCAUCUACCUGACUGACUCUGCAGACGACAUCAGGGAUAAGAUUAACAAGUAUGCCUACUCGGGUGGGCAGAGCACGGUAGAGGAACACCGCCGUGUGGGAGGGAACGUGGAUGUGGACGUGUCCUACCAGUACCUCACCUUCUUCAUGGAGGACGACGAGAAAGUGGAGAAGAUUAAGAAGGACUACACCAGCGGUGCGAUGCUGACAGGUGAUCUGAAGAAAGAGCUGAUCUCCGUGGUACAGAAGGUUGUGGCUGAGCAUCAGCAGCGGAGGCAGCAGGUCACCGACCAGAUGGUGCAGGAGUUCAUGACCCCCCGCAAGCUCAAGUACAGCUACUAAAGCCCCGGAUACUGCAUGGUGCAGAACAACUGUACACACCUUGAAAGAGUUCAUUUGUUUUCUACCAGAUACAUAUUAGCUCGUUUACGCUUCUUUAUACGCCUGCGUAUGUCAUAGGUGAUACCCCCUGAAAAAUAAGAAAACAAGUACACUCCUGGACAUCGAUAUGCUCGAUAUUUGUCCAGACUGUUUCCAAAUCAUAAAACUUCACCUUACGACACACCACCUACAAUUCCUAUCGUCGCACAAGCGUACUCAGAAGUGUGAACAGUCUUAUUGAACUCAUCUAUUGCAACCUAUUGAGCAUAGUUCUGUCAACAGACACGUUGGCCAUGUCAUACAAUCAAAAUGUUACCAUUUUAGUGAAAGGGUCCUCAGUUAUCCAAAAGAGGGUAGAAAUGACUGAAAUACGGUGAUACAAGGAGAGGGAACCAAUAGCACCUCAUUUGAAAUGCAGAAAUUCACAAUAAAACAUAAAAAUAAGACCACUUGAUUGACAUAUUGUAACUCUAUCAUUUGUCGAACAGUUGAUAAUAGAAUCGCUUUCAUGAGUUUAACGGCUAACUGUAAUGGAUGGUCAAAAUAGCUAUAUAUCAUUUUGCUAGAAAACAGGAGAACUCUUUUGUAACGUUGCUACCAAAGGUUUAACAACGUCGAAGAACAGGUGUAUGCUGUAAGCAUUUUUCAGAUCCUGUGUUACCUAUAGCUUCGCUCAUGGCUUCUUGGACAAUAAUGUACACAAACAAUGGCUUGCUAAAUAAGGAAUUACCUACGUUUCCGGCUAAAGUUUUUAAUUAGACAUACCGCACACUAACGAACAAAAACAAGAACGUGUAAAAUUUGAAGCAUCAAACAGUGAGAUUGAUGUAAAUCUGUCGUUUUCAACGAUUAAAUUCAUCAGAAUUUCAAAGGCGCAAACGUUGUGCAUUGAUAACGAAUUUUUGGUAACAAUCUUAAUUAUUUUCUCAGCUAGCUUCAUGGUUGAAAACGAAUAUAAGAAAAUAUGGCUCGUGAAUGAAAUUUCUUUUCUGCGUUAUGAUCAAUAUUAGGAAACAUUUCCUGGGUUAUUUUUAGAUAAAUAUCCACACGAUCUUUGAUAUAUUAUAUAUAACCUGUGGCCGCAAUAUUAAAAUCGCAUAGUAAAGUAAAAA